AUGGAUAAAGAAGAAACGUGGAAGACACAGUUUGAGUUUGUUGCAAAGAGCAGCAAGGGCGAGGAGUAUAUGUACUGUCGCCUGUGUAACGUGGACGUGUCCGUUGCCAGCGGUGGACGUAAUGAUGUCACUAAGCAUGUCCAAAGAACAACCCACGUAGAAAAAGUCGCGACAGUAAAGACAGCGACGAAGAUUGACACCAUGAUCAAACCUGUAACUAAGAUCAUCGAUCCAGUUGCCAGGGCAGAGGUGCUGUUCUGUGCCUUUAUAGCAGAGCACAACCUUCCAUUCGCGGUCGCUGACCAUUUUACAGACCUGGUGAAAGUGAUGUUCCCGGACAGCGAGGUUGCCAAGAAAUUCCGGUGCAAGCGUACAAAGGCGACGAACAUAGUUACCAAGGUGUUGGCGCCAGAGGCAGAGAAGAAGGUUACCCACCUGUGUCGCUCGCAGAAGUUUUCCAUCCUCAUGGACGAAUCAAACGACCGCGGGGAUAGCAAUUACGUGGCCAUACUGGUCCGGACAUAUGACAAGGAUGUGCUCCAGGUGAACACGUUCUUCCUCGCCAUGCCUAUAUGUAAUGUGGGGAAUGGUGAGAAUUUGUUCAUGUGUCUGCAAGAAGUGUUCACGGCGAAUAACAUCCCGUGGGAGAAUGUGGUCGGGUAUUCCUCAGACAACGCUGCCGUAAUGAUAGGAAAUAAUAACUCGGUCCUGUCACGCAUUCGAGGGAAGGUACCGAAUGUUGUGAAUAUUGGCCGCCCGUGUCACAUUAUGAGUACGUGCACGCAGUAUGGCGUAAAGAAGCUAGGUGUACCCGUUGAUGAGCUUCUUCACGACGUGUUUACGCACUUUCAACACAGCUCCAAGCGACGCCAAGCACUCCAGGAAUUCCGGGAAUUUACAUACACCGGGACAUACAAGCUGGUUAGGUUCUGCUCAACCCGCUGGCUGUCUCUCCAGACCUGUGUUGACCGCUUCUUACAACAAUGGCCAGCCAUUGAAGCUUACUUUGCAAGCCACGAGGAUGUCGAGAAGAAAGGAAACAGAGUCGCCCGUGCUUCUGAGAAUCUGCGUGAUCCAGUGGUAGCGCUGGUGAUCAGGUUCCUGUCGUUCAUUCUGCAGCCGCUGAACACAUUAAACACAGACUUCCAGCACGCCAGCGCCGUGGUGGGAUACCUGCACAGCGAGAUCAAUCGUCUGAUCCGCUCCAAAAUGGCAAAGUUCGUCAAGAUGUCAGUAAUCUCGGCGGCAGCAGACGUAACAAAGGUUGACUUAGAGACCCGCGACAACCAGCAAGAUGAUGACACGAUCGCAAUAGGCCACGCCACACGUACCUACCUUGACGAGGCUCCGCCGGAGGUCCAAGCAUCCUUUUUCAGGAAGGUGAGGGCGUUCUACGUAGAGUUGACCACGAAAAUGCUCACAAAGUUUCCUGUCAACGAUGAGGUAUUGAAGGCCCUACGUUUCCUGCGUCCAGAAAACAGACAGAACACAUCGACAGAGUCUGUGUUGGAGGUGAUUGCAUAUGAAUAA